UUCACGCCUAACGCCGCAUGUGAAACACAGAGAUCACAGAUUCUCAUCACGUGAGAUGAGCAACAAGCGUAUUAUUUUACUCUCCACCGACAGAUGAGAGCAGUAUUAUUGCUGUUUGAGUUUCAGAGAGUCGUGUGAGGAACUACUGAGAGUUUCAGACUGAUUUUCUGAACUGAACUGAUGAAGAAAUGAAGUUUCCACUGAUAGUUUGUGUGUUUCUGCUGACGGUGAGCAGUUCACUGUCUGUGGACAUUACAGAGAGAGGAACAGAGAGAGAACGAGUGAGCAUUACCUGCCCUUAUCCAGAAGGAUAUGAAAACUCCUACAAAUACUUCUACAGAGGAGUUUACGGAGAGCGUGACCUUAUACUGCGAUCUGAUGGAGAGUCCUCAGUGUUCAGUGGCAGACUCUCACUGAAGGAUAAUCCUCAGACCAGAUCAUUUACAGUGACCAUCAGUGACCUGAAGAUGGACGAUGCUGGACCGUACGUCUGUGGAGCUGGAUGGAUGCACCGCCUAGAGAUCCAGCUAAAUGUGAUCAGAGGUGCCUGAUAUUCAUUAUUAAAUCUGCAGUCCGUAACUUUUGGCGCUCUAGAGGUUAAUAAACCGAAUGAAAGCUUUAGCGUAAGUUCUCCCAGGAAGACUCAAUUGUUACGUCACUUAUUCCCUUCUCAUCCGUCCAAUCGU